AUGAUAAAUUCGCAUGAAUGCAAUGGCAAUAGCUAUAAAGCGAUAGAUGAUGAUAUCGGUACCAAUAAUUCUAUGAAUAUUAAUUUUGAUAACAAUGUAUCAGAUUCCUGUGAUAAUAACAAAUGUCAUAAUAUAGUUGAGCAUAGUGCUAUUAAUGUCAACAAUUCUACAAACACUGAUUUUGAUAAUAAUAUGAUGAAUUCUUGUGAUAAUGAACAUGCUCACGAAAGAAUAAAUGGUGAAAGUUAUGUCAAUAAUCCUACGAAACAUGUUGAUUGUGAUAAUGCCAUGAUAUUUUGCAAAGACUGUAAUAAUGAGCAUAAUAGAGUAAAGAUUGUUGAUCAUAAGAUUGUUAAUCUUAACGUAUCAUUUUCCUAUGAUAAUGGCAACAGUCAAAAAAUGAUAUAUGGUGAUAUUAAUGUCAGCAAAUCGUUGAAUGACGACAAUAUACCACUUUCCUGUGAUAAUGAUAGAGAUCGUAGCAUAGUUCAUAGUGCUAACAAUUCUACGAAUGACACUGAUUUUGACAAUAAUGUGACGUUUUCUUGUGAUAAUAACAACUGUAACAUUAUAGAUAAUGAUAUUACUACUAAUAAUUUUAUGAAUAAUAAUAAUUCCUGUAACAAUGUGACAUUCACCUACGAUAAUGAUAAUAUCAAUAAUUCUGAAACUGGUGUAAUUCUCAAUGAUGUCAUGAUAUUUCCCUUUGAUAAUAAUUCUAGUAUAUUGAAUGAUCUCACUAGUGCCGAAACUUCUAUGAAUCACACACACAGUGAUAGUGAUAAUCAUAUAACAUUUUCAUGUGAUGACAAUACUAUUGACAACAUUGUUUGUGCAAACACAACGAAUAUUUCCGAAUAUUUACCUUCGGAAAUUACAACUGAAAGAGAAUCUACAGAACAUGAUCAUCAGCAGCAUCAACAGCAUCAGCAGCAGCAGCAGCCGCCGUCGCCGCCGCCGCCGCCGCCGCAGCCGCAGGAACAGAAGGAGCAACAGCAGGAGCAAAAUGAGGAGGCGAGAAGGCUCGUGCCCGCUGGUAUACCAAGCGCGGCAGGGGUAUGGUUGGCGGUCGAGGAGGCGACCGAGGCCGAGGAGGUGGCUGGGCCCGAAGAGGCGCCGGGGUCCGAGGAGGCGGCUUGGCCCGAGGAGGUCGAGGAGGCGGUUGAGGCCGAGAAACCAUAA